GGGGCCCGGCCCGGCCCCGCGAGGUGACAGCGCACUUGGACGGAGUCGGGCCCUACGCCAUGAGCGCCGCGCUCUUCAGCCUGGACGGCCCCGCGCGCGGCGCGCCCUGGCCUGCGGAGCCCGCGCCCUUCUACGAGCUAGGCCGGGCGGGCAAGCCGGGCCGGGGAGCCGAGCCGGGAAGCCUGGGGGAGCCGGGCGCCCCCGCCCCUGCCAUGUACGACGACGAGAGCGCCAUUGACUUCAGCGCGUACAUCGACUCCAUCGCCGCUGUGCCCACUCUGGAGCUGUGCCACGACGAGCUCUUCGCCGACCUCUUCAACAGCAACCACAAGGCGGGCGGCGCGGGCAGUGCGGGCGGCCUGGAGCUGCUCCCCGGCGGCCCCGCGCGACACCCCGGCCCCGCCGCCCAGCGCCCGCUCAAGCGCGAGCCAGACUGGGGCGACAGCGACGCGCCCGGCUCGCUGCUUCCCGCGCAGGUGGCCGCGUGCGCGCAGACCGUGGUGAGCCUGGCGGCCGCCUCUCAACCCACACCACCCACGUCUCCGGAGCCACCGCGGAGCAGCCCGGGGCCGAGUCCCGCGCCCAGCACCGCGCGGGAGAAGGGCUCCGGCAAGAGGGGCCCGGACCGCGGCAGCCCGGAGUACCGGCAGCGGCGCGAGCGCAACAACAUCGCCGUGCGCAAAAGUCGCGACAAGGCCAAGCGGCGCAACCAGGAGAUGCAGCAGAAGCUGGUGGAGCUGUCGGCCGAGAACGAAAAGCUGCACCAGCGCGUGGAGCAGCUCACGCGGGACCUGGCCGGCCUCCGGCAGUUCUUUAAGCAGCUGCCCAGCCAGCCCUUCCUGCCCUCCGCCGGUGCCGCCGACUGCCGGUAACCGCGGCCCGGGCCGGGAGAGACUCUCACCAACGACCGAUACCUCAGCCCGACGGCCCGGAGCGCGAGAGCCGCCCGGCGCCGGCUGCAAUUUCUUUGGGACGAGUGAGCGCAAGGAAGCUACAACCUGGACUUAACGCCACUGAACCGCGAGAGAAGCUAUACGUGUUUAUUUUCCCUUAAAUUAUUUUUAUAAUGGUAGCUUUUUCUACAUUUUACUCCUGUGGUGCAGCUAAGGUACAUUUGUUUAAAAAAGAAAGACUUUCCAGACAAACUCUUUGUAUUGCAGAUAGGUUUUUAAAAGACUGAGCAUGCUCACGUUUUUAUAUUAAUUUUUACAGUAUUUGUAAGAAUAAAGCAUUUAAACUCGC